AGCAUUCCCCUUCACCAAGUCGUGAAUUAGUCUCGUUGAUGAGACUGUGACAUGUGUAUAUAAAGAGGAUUUGAAACUUAGGGGGGUAAUAAGUGGGUGAAUUUUCCUGAAAGUUGUUUGAGCAAGAACAGGCUACCGGUCGAUAUUGGAUUUAUCAAUUAUCGGGAUCGGUUGAAAGUCUGUUAAGAUAAAGGAGCUUUCCAUGAAGUUGUGUUUAUUUUUUCUUAUUACUGUGGAUACUGGUCAGAAGCUAAAAAGAGGUCAGCAAGGCUGGUUUUGAGACUAGCAUGGACGUGCAGUAGUGCGAAUGCGGCGCUCUAAAUUAGCCACAUGAUUUGGUACAACUGCUUGUAAACCUCAUGACUGCUACUCGACUUCUCAUCUAUCACUCAGACCAGAGAGAGCCCAGCAGACACCCUGGUGUGUCAUUCACAUUCUCAAGCUUGUUUCAUUGAGAGCAGCAGCCGCAAAUUGUCAGAGACUUGGUUCUUGAUCAGCCGGCUGGGUGAGAGAGACAAACCCAAGAUGGUCCAUCCGACGUGUGUGUCCAUAGCGACCCUGCGGUCACAGCGGACUGGUGACACCGCUAAUAUGAAGGAUGUUACAAAUUCAUUAUCUAGUUGUCCAAGUAUUAAGUUAUUGUCCAGGCAUGACCAGGCAAUUAAGCCCACUGGCAAUGCCCAACUUAAGUACUUCCCAAAGGUUGCGGACUUUGGUGAUAUCAUUGCUUUUCUGUCCAGGCAGUCCUACCUGCCAGAACUGUCAAAGACUGGGACAAAAGACAUUGAGAACAUUCCUAAAAAGACAAAGCCUGUGCCAUUGGAGAGGCAGAAGAAAAGAAAGGAGGAAAAGGAGAAAGUCUGUGAGGAAAACAUUGAGACAAAGGUCAACUCACCAUGCACCAGAGUGACUAACAUUGACAACAGAGAUGCUGAAAAGAAUUUGGGAAAAGAGAGUGAAGAGGAGGUAAAGACAGUCGAACUUAAAACAAUAGACACCAACACGACCGGAGUUACCCCACCUCCUUUCAAAUUCACAGACCUUCUGGAUAUUACAAAAUCAAGAAGAAUCCAACGUUACCAGAACAGAACAAAGCCUACGGAAUCUCCUGACAAGAAUCGGGGACCGGUCGAAGGUCAAAACUCGCCACAAUACCCCAGCAGGACCAAGCCCAUCAUGAUUGAGACAUCGUUCCUUGAUAACUCUCCGUACAUCAUCCCGGAGAAGAAACCGGAGAAGGAGAAGCUUCCAUUUGAUGAUAACAAAGAUGGGCCUCUCAUCAUCCCACUGGAUUCGGAGAAGGCUAAACUCUUUGAGAGUCUCAACAGCUACACCCCUCAGGUGCCCUUCAUACCACCACCGCCCCUGUGGGGUAUGGUCAGCACCCAUCCCAGACAACCCAUGAUUGACCCACCCUCCUACAGCCCUCCAUCCAGUCCACCACCAUUCUACCAACCGCCCAGCCCGGAGUACACCAACCCACCGCCCCCUCUGGAGUUUGAUGAGAAUCGUUUCCGUAGCAACACACUCACCUAUCUUCAUGAGGUGAAAGACUACCUGACCAUGACCAAGAAAAGGAAUCAAGUCAAACAGAAAUUAUACCAUCUUCAGCUAGAAGCACCCAAGCCUAGAUUAAUUCCAUGUCAAUCAAUAGGGGUCUAUGGACCACCACAUUAUGGAGAUGAAUUCCAUGGAGCGAUCUCCCGAGAAGAGGCGGAUAGGUUGCUUACAAAUGGAGGAGAAGGCAGCUACUUGGUCCGGGAGAGUCAGAGAGCUAGAGGAAGCUACACCCUCGGUCUAAGAUUACUUGGUGCAACGAAAAACUUCAGGCUAUACUUCGAUGGCCAACAUUAUGUCGCAGACAAACGCUUCGACACCGUGCACGACUUGGUGGCCGAUGGCCUCAUCACCAUGUACGUGGAGACGAAAGCGGCCGACUACAUCGGGCGCAUUGAGUUUGAGGAACCCAUCUAUGAUAAAUACUCCAAACAAGCUACGUUUAUGAGGCCGCAGGUGGGGAGUAAUGGCAGUACACCGCUCAGCAUGCCUCCUGAUUCGCCACCAGGCCCUCCCAUUGGACACCAAAUGGUUGAUGGUAGGAAUCUAAAACCAACUCAAGGUCCCAUUACUGUAGAAAAGGAUCAUGUCUUCAAGGUGCACACAUUUGUAGGUCUUAAUUGGUGUAUGUUCUGUGGUAACUUCCUAUGGGGUCUGAAGAGUCAAGGAGUUAAAUGUACAGAUUGUGGUCUAAGUACACACAAGCAAUGUUCAAAGAGAGUACCGAGAGAUUGUACGCCAGACCUUAGACUGAUCAAGAGAGUUUACAGUGUUGAUCUAACAACCUUAGCCAGAGCACAUGGUGUUAAUACAUCAAUUGUAGUAGAGCGAUGUGUCGAGGAGAUCGAGAGCAGAGGUCUCGAGGUGGAAGGUCUAUAUAGGAUACCCGGCAUGCAAGAUGACGUUGAACUUAUCAGACAAAGAUUUGAUAAAGAUGGUAUGGUGGCACGCAUCGGAUCCAAAGAGUUUCCUGAUAUCAACGCUAUCUCAGGGGCCAUGAAGCUUUACCUCAGGGAGUUACCUAUUCCAUUGGUGCCGUUCAAGAUGUACCAUGCAUUCAUGGAAGCAACCAAAAAACAAAAUGUCCAUGAUAAAGUUGAUUCAUUCUGUAAUGCCUUAGAUGAGCUCUACCAAACAUUCCCUGCUCACUACCACACACUAAAGCUUCUUAUGGCUCACUUAGUCAGAGUGACCCAGUUACACGAAGUGAACAAGAUGAAUAUAGAGAACCUUGGUAUCGUCUUUGGACCCACCCUUAUGAGACCGCCCUCUAACCAACCUGUCAUCGAUGACCUCUACAUGCUUCACUUCCAGAAGAAGAGUGUAGAGAUCAUGAUUGAGGAGUUUGACACCCUAUUCCAAAAGUAGAUGUCCAUCUUGAUUUGAUGCCGAGAAGUGCAUCAAGAUUAUGGUUUAGGAGUGUUACACCCUCUUCCAGAAGUAGAUAUCAACAUUGAUGCUGAAGGGUGCAGAUGUUCCUUUUCAUCGGACAAUCACAAAGUUCCUUGUCAUUAGAGAAUUACAGCUCAAGUUAAAAAUCUAUUCGAUGUCAUGACUGACAACAAUGAAUCUGAUGACAAUUUAGUGCAAAUAUAUGAAAAGAGUGAUCGUAAUUUGUUAUAUCCUUACUGGGAUUCUACUUUCUCGUCUAGAAAACAAUUCUAGGCCUGUUUUCUGAACUCUGGUUAACUUCAAGUCUUGUUAUCUUCAAAGAUUGCUAGUCAAAUGUGACAAACCUAUAACAUCAAAAUUGUUUGAUCAAUCGAUCUGUCUCAGUUUGCAAUCUGGGGGUCCAUUGCAGAAAGAGUUGCGUUUAAACGCAAACCAAAAAAUCAAUGGCAAGUCCCAAAUGCGCACUGUUGAUUGGUUGAAAAUCAAGUUACGAUUGAUUGCCACUCUUUCUGCAACUGGCCCCAGAUUUAAAUAUUGAAAACUUCCAAAUGGUUCAAAGAUUUUGGCAGGUCCCAUUGUCUGGCAGUUGCAGUGCACUUCCAAAUUCAAUGCAAGGGAUGGGGGGGGGGGGGGUAAAUACCUCCCCUCUCCCUAUUUUUUGUUAAAGCAGAGUUCAAAAUACAGUCCUAAGCCUUCAGAUGUUGAUAUAAAUAACAGAAGAUUAACUCUAAAAGCAAAGUGGUCUCGGCUGGUGAUGCAAGGGGACUUCUCCCAAACCAUCCUAUAUGUUUUAGGAUAUUGAAAUACUUCUUGGAGAGAUGCCAUAUCACACAUGAUGGUGCAUCCAUUAUGAAGGGUGAUACAAAUCUUUUAGAGAAAUAAAAUUGUAUGCUGCUUUUAACCCUCUACUUAGUUUCUUUAGGUCACAAAUGUUAGUCACAAAUUUUAGGUCACACUAGAUGCACUGAAAUGCACGCCCAAGUGCUAGUACAUGUAUAGCUAUCAUGUCUUCUAAGCUGAUUAGAUAUUGCAGCUCUUACAGAACAAGUUUUCAUGAAAAAGGGGAAGAUUAUUAUACUGAUAGAUUUGGGAUAAUUGUUUACCUUUUGAAUAAUUUAAACUUAAUAAUGUGUCGUCAUGAAUGCCACGUACUUGCUUGUGGCUAGUAUAUAGCCUGUAAUCCUCCUAUUAUUAGUCAAUGGAUAAACUUUAGGAAUUGGCAUGGUAUGAUGGAAAGUAGCAACAUUUGAUGAGAGUAUUUAGACAUUGUUGAACAAAACCCUCCAUUUAUGCUAAUAAAUAUUCCUGGUAUGCAUCAAUUUUUUUUUAGAUUAUAGGCAUUAUGAAAAAACUGCCAAUCCACUCAUAUUUACAGUCCUUUCGAUCACACAGGAAUGUCCAUAUCUUUAUAAGCCAAGACAUUUAUUUUUUUUUCAAGGAAACCAUCAUGACCUCUUCUGGCAGACAUAGUCUCUGUGUGUCACUUGCCACUGCACUGUAAAAAUCAACCAUUGUUGAUUAUACAUUAGGAAGAGAUAUGGUUAUGCAUCUCAUCUGAUCAGAAACAAAUUUGUCUACUUUUGACAAAGUUAAUUGAUCCCUUUAAUAUUUCAUCUCAUGUAAGAUCAACUCCAAUGAACAGUUGAAGCCUGCAGAGGGUGUUGAUACUUGUGAAUGGUUUUGAGGUUUAAUCUUUAAAGUCUAUCCUAUGCAAACGCUGCAGCCUCAUAACUCAGAAACUUGUGCUUCCUUCAUCGAUGCAUAUUCAUCUUUGAAAAAAAAUAUUUUAAAGAAAAAGUUCUUUUGGUAUGAGCCAUAGAUAUGAUUAUGUACCAUGUGGUAUUCUAAAGAAAUAUAAUCAAUUUUCAUUUCAUCGGACAAUUUCUACUUCUUUGAUUGACUUUGACUUCUGUGAUAUAUUUUGAAUGAAUAUUAUCAGAUUCCUCAUAGUUUAUAGUGAGAUGAUGAAGGCAUUUUAGUAAAUUCAGACAUUAUUUAUUUUGAAAAGAUGUUUGUUGCACAAAUUUUAGUGAUUUCCAUUUAGGUGAUCUCAUUUUUUUUCAACUAAAUUUAUAGCUCUUGAGCUUCUAGAUUCUCAUUCCAAAUGUAGUUUUUACCUUUCCAGCAAUUUUUACCAAGUGUGUUUCUUUUUUUUUUUUACUGUUCCCUAGGUGCUUAUUUGGACAAUUCAUCUUUGUACCUCUUUUUAUUUAUACAUUUUUGACAAAUCUCUGCUCCGAUGUUAUUGCAUCUAUUUUGGUGUUUCUUAGCAAUCUUCAUUUACCUGCAUGUAAAUGUGAUGCCUACGGGAAAUCGUGCAAAAGACAUCGAUUUUUAAUCCAGAUUAAAAAUAAUCUCGGUUCAGAAUCAAUGCAAUCAUAGAUUUAUGUCUUCACCGUAGUCAGGAAUAGCAUGCAUACAAUCUUUAAACUUGUCUGUCUGGUGUGAUGUCAUGUGUCAAUGUUUCCUAAGUCUUUAUCUACAUAAGUAUCAAAUAAGAUUAAUCAUCUGUCCAUUUUGAACCAGGAACAGUUUGUGUCUUUUGGUUGAAGGUGCGUUGUUCACACCUUGCUGUUAAUGGUGUAAUAACUCAGUGUUUAAACAUUUUUAGUUUAAACACCUUUCUAUGACAGAGUGUUAGGUAUUGGUGUUUAAGAUGCGAUCGCGUGAACACCAAAGUUGGUUAUCAGUGUACAGUGUUGAAGGUGUCAACCAAAGAUUCAUGUUGUGUAACACUGGUGUUUAACGCUCUGUCUUCUCAUCACCACAAUAUACCUUCUCAUGCCUACCUGUACCUGUCUACAAAAGUUUAAGAUGCUUAGCCUUGAGCAUUUUAUGAAUUUUGGUGGAUAAACAGAGAGUUCAGGAGGCCGUUGCAGAAAGAAUUGCAAUCAAACUUUACUUGUUUUUCCAUCAAUCAAAGAGCAUGUUUAGGAAUUUUGCUUGGUUUUUUAGUUGUGAUAUAACAUAAUUAUUUCUGCAGAAGGACUUGUGAACUACUCACUUUUGCCCCUAAAUCCAUGCAAUGCAUUAGAUUGUAUUUCAAAAUUCUAUUUGGGAUGCACCCAUUUAUGCUUUAUGAUCACACAAUACCUUUCCUUUAUUUCUUCUUUCGAUGGACACUAAAGAAAAUCUUCCAAAAGUUGAAGAUGUGUUGAAUAUCCAUUCUGUAUAAAAGAAAUGGAGCCAAAUGUUGAUAGAAUCUUGAUGAUAUAUAAAUGUGUAUGUAUAAUUGUUAUUUUUGGUAUAUAAUAUAUAAAUAUAAAAAUGAAAUAUAUAUAUAUUUAGAAAAAGACUGCACAUCAUGUUGCAGUAUAUUAUAAUGAAAAGAGCAAGGUAAUUUUUUUACAUUGGUGUUCUUCAAUGCAAUGCUACAAAGAUUUGUCUUCGAAGAGAAGAACGCGUUCGUAUGCUGUUAUGUAAUAUACUGAUCUGUCUGCAUAUGCAUUAUUUUUUCUCAGCUCUCUGAGAAUAUGGCCAGAACGAAUUUAUCAACCUAUGUAUGUAUUAUAAUGUUUUAGACUAAUGUCAUGUUAACACGUUGGUUUUUCCUUUCUGUUUUUCACUUUAUUGUCUUGCCACUGUAUUUAUAGCAAGUUUCCAUGUCAGCUAGUAUGUUUUGGAGAUUUCUUUGUUUUGUUGAAAGAACAAGAGUUCAUAAAAUCUACAUGUGAGUAACUUGGGAAUUGUUGUUCGCUUUGACCACUAUAUACAUGUUUUAGAUCUCGAUGUAGAAUGGUGAUAGUUUCACAAACUGAUCAAUCAUUUUUCUCUGGUUUCUGGUAAAGUUGACAAAUAUUUCCGUUUAGCUAUUUUGGAAAUGACAGGGUAGAUUUCACAUGUGAAAUUUCUCCCAGUAUCAUCCAUGAAAAAAAAACCCUCUGAAGUAAGAAAUGGACUGAAGACCAUUGAUUAAAAAAAAAGAUAAUUAGACUUAUCCUAUUAACUACUUAAUUUUCAUGUCUUUCCUAUUAUGUGAUUAUAUGUUAAGUGUUAAUGUGUUAUUGCCUUCCUCCUACAACAAUUACUUGUAUUUUUGGCUGUGUUUGAUUAGGAUUUGUUAUUAUGAAUUGAAGCAUGUAAGAUUUUACCUCAUUUUUCUUUUUCAUUUUUAGAUUUCAGAACAAGUUGUGUUCAUUGUGUACAUACAUAUAUGUACCAGAUAAGUGCUAUUUCUUAACAUUUUCCAAGACAGUGCAAAAAUAUAUAUGUAACAUUUUAGGCAUGGGUACCACCUAAUUGUUCCUGUGUAUACAUAUAGAUUUCAGGUAAUUUUAAGAUGUGUUCAUGUUUAGCUCACGCUAAUAUGGCAUCAACAGUAAAUCUUAACCAUUAUUACACAGGUGUUUGUUUUUGUGUUUGUCCUAACACCUUGCAUCCAAAAUCUUGUUUUCUCUAAUCAUUCACAUUUAAUCCUGAAAUUUCUUCCAAAGAAAUGAUAAAAAGUGCUCUUUUUCCUAUUACAAUCAACGAAUUAUUCUUUAAAUAAACAAUCUUAAGAUGUAUUAUCUUUUUUUCUGUAUAUGAUUGGUGUAAAUUUACAAAAGCAUUGGACUGAGUUAUUCUGUCUCUAUCUCUCUAAA